AUGUCUAGUGUGCAAGAGGGGUGGGGGAACCUCGCGGGACUCUACAGCAGGCAGGGUGGGGCUAGCAGCACGGUGGGCUUCUGUAGGAGAUUGCGCAGGUGUCCAGUGGGGUUGCACUUGUGCAAAGGGCGGGCGGGCAGCGAGGCGGGAACCGGAAAGGACGGGCGGGCAGCGAGGCGGGAACCGGAAAGGGCGGGCGGGCGUCGAGGCGGGAACCGGAAAGGGCGGGCGGGCGUCGAGGCGGGAACCGGAAAGGGCGGGCGGGCGUCGAGGCGGGAACCGGAAAGGACGGGCGGGCGUCGAGGCGGGAACCGGAAAGGGCGGGCGGGCGUCGAGGCGGGAACCGGAAAGGGCGGGCGGGCGUCGAGGCGGGAACCGGAAAGGGCGGGCGGGCGUCGAGGCGGGAACCGGAAAGGGCGGGCGGGCGUCGAGGCGGGAACCGGAAAGGGCGGGCGGGCGUCGAGGCGGGAACCGGAAAGGGCGGGCGGGCGUCGAGGCGGGAACCGGAAAGGGCGGGCGGGCGUCGAGGCGGGAACCGGAAAGGGCGGGCGGGCGUCGAGGCGGGAACCGGAAAGGACGGGCGGGCGGCGAGGCGGGAACCGGAAAGGACGGGCGGGCAGCGAGGCGGGAACCGGAAAGGACGGGCGGGCAGCGAGGCGGGAACCGGAAAGGACGGGCGGGCAGCGAGGCGGGAACCGGAAAGGACGGGCGGGCAGCGAGGCGGGAACCGGAAAGGACGGGCGGGCAGCGAGGCGGGAACCGGAAAGGACGGGCGGGCAGCGAGGCGGGAACCGGAAAGGACGGGCGGGCAGCGAGGCGGGAACCGGAAAGGACGGGCGGGCAGCGAGGCGGGAACCGGAAAGGACGGGCGGGCAGCGAGGCGGGAACCGGAAAGGACGGGCGGGCAGCGAGGCGGGAACCGGAAAGGACGGGCGGGCAGCGAGGCGGGAACCGGAAAGGACGGGCGGGCAGCGAGGCGGGAACCGGAAAGGACGGGCGGGCAGCGAGGCGGGAACCGGAAAGGACGGGCGGGCAGCGAGGCGGGAACCGGAAAGGACGGGCGGGCAGCGAGGCGGGAACCGGAAAGGACGGGCGGGCAGCGAGGCGGGAACCGGAAAGGACGGGCGGGCAGCGAGGCGGGAACCGGAAAGGACGGGCGGGCAGCGAGGCGGGAACCGGAAAGGACGGGCGGGCAGCGAGGCGGGAACCGGAAAGGACGGGCGGGCAGCGAGGCGGGAACCGGAAAGGACGGGCGGGCAGCGAGGCGGGAACCGUAAAGGACGGGCGGGCAGCGAGGCGGGAACCGUAAAGGACGGGCGGGCGUCGAGGCGGGAACCGGCGGGCGGGCGUCGAGGCGGGAACCGUAAAGGGCGGGCGGGCGUCGAGGCGGGAACCGGAAAGGGCGGGCGGGCGUCGAGGCGGGAACCGGAAAGGGCGGGCGGGCGUCGAGGCGGGAACCGGAAAGGGCGGGCGGGCGUCGAGGCGGGAACCGGAAAGGGCGGGCGGGCGUCGAGGCGGGAACCGGAAAGGGCGGGCGGGCGUCGAGGCGGGAACCGGAAAGGACGGGCGGGCGUCGAGGCGGGAACCGGAAAGGACGGGCGGGCGUCGAGGCGGGAACCGGAAAGGACGGGCGGGCGUCGAGGCGGGAACCGGAAAGGACGGGCGGGCGUCGAGGCGGGAACGGGAAAGGACGGGCGGGCGUCGAGGCGGGAACCGGAAAGGACGGGCGGGCGUCGAGGCGGGAACCGGAAAGGACGGGCGGGCGUCGAGGCGGGAACCGGAAAGGACGGGCGGGCAGCGAGGCGGGAACCGGAAAGGACGGGCGGGCAGCGAGGCGGGAACCGGAAAGGACGGGCGGGCAGCGAGGCGGGAACCGGAAAGGACGGGCGGGCAGCGAGGCGGGAACCGGAAAGGACGGGCGGGCAGCGAGGCGGGAACCGGAAAGGACGGGCGGGCAGCGAGGCGGGAACCGGAAAGGACGGGCGGGCAGCGAGGCGGGAACCGGAAAGGACGGGCGGGCAGCGAGGCGGGAACCGGAAAGGACGGGCGGGCAGCCUGGCGGGAACCGGAAAGGACGGGCGGGCAGCGAGGCGGGAACCGGAAAGGACGGGCGGGCAGCGAGGCGGGAACCGGAAAGGACGGGCGGGCAGCGAGGCGGGAACCGGAAAGGACGGGCGGGCAGCGAGGCGGGAACCGGAAAGGACGGGCGGGCAGCGAGGCGGGAACCGGAAAGGACGGGCGGGCAGCGAGGCGGGAACCGGAAAGGACGGGCGGGCAGCGAGGCGGGAACCGGAAAGGACGGGCGGGCAGCGAGGCGGGAACCGGAAAGGACGGGCGGGCAGCGAGGCGGGAACCGGAAAGGACGGGCGGGCAGCGAGGCGGGAACCGGAAAGGACGGGCGGGCAGCGAGGCGGGAACCGGAAAGGACGGGCGGGCAGCGAGGCGGGAACCGGAAAGGACGGGCGGGCAGCGAGGCGGGAACCGGAAAGGACGGGCGGGCAGCGAGGCGGGAACCGGAAAGGACGGGCGGGCAGCGAGGCGGGAACCGGAAAGGACGGGCGGGCAGCGAGGCGGGAACCGGAAAGGACGGGCGGGCAGCGAGGCGGGAACCGGAAAGGACGGGCGGGCAGCGAGGCGGGAACCGGAAAGGACGGGCGGGCAGCGAGGCGGGAACCGGAAAGGACGGGCGGGCAGCGAGGCGGGAACCGGAAAGGACGGGCGGGCAGCGAGGCGGGAACCGGAAAGGACGGGCGGGCAGCGAGGCGGGAACCGGAAAGGACGGGCGGGCAGCGAGGCGGGAACCGGAAAGGACGGGCGGGCAGCGAGGCGGGAACCGGAAAGGACGGGCGGGCAGCGAGGCGGGAACCGGAAAGGACGGGCGGGCAGCGAGGCGGGAACCGGAAAGGACGGGCGGGCAGCGAGGCGGGAACCGGAAAGGACGGGCGGGCAGCGAGGCGGGAACCGGAAAGGACGGGCGGGCAGCGAGGCGGGAACCGGAAAGGACGGGCGGGCAGCGAGGCGGGAACCGGAAAGGACGGGCGGGCAGCGAGGCGGGAACCGGAAAGGACGGGCGGGCAGCGAGGCGGGAACCGGAAAGGACGGGCGGGCAGCGAGGCGGGAACCGGAAAGGACGGGCGGGCAGCGAGGCGGGAACCGGAAAGGACGGGCGGGCAGCGAGGCGGGAACCGGAAAGGACGGGCGGGCAGCGAGGCGGGAACCGGAAAGGACGGGCGGGCAGCGAGGCGGGAACCGGAAAGGACGGGCGGGCAGCGAGGCGGGAACCGGAAAGGACGGGCGGGCAGCGAGGCGGGAACCGGAAAGGACGGGCGGGCAGCGAGGCGGGAACCGGAAAGGACGGGCGGGCAGCGAGGCGGGAACCGGAAAGGACGGGCGGGCAGCGAGGCGGGAACCGGAAAGGACGGGCGGGCAGCGAGGCGGGAACCGGAAAGGACGGGCGGGCAGCGAGGCGGGAACCGGAAAGGACGGGCGGGCAGCGAGGCGGGAACCGGAAAGGACGGGCGGGCAGCGAGGCGGGAACCGGAAAGGACGGGCGGGCAGCGAGGCGGGAACCGGAAAGGACGGGCGGGCAGCGAGGCGGGAACCGGAAAGGACGGGCGGGCAGCGAGGCGGGAACCGGAAAGGACGGGCGGGCAGCGAGGCGGGAACCGGAAAGGACGGGCGGGCAGCGAGGCGGGAACCGGAAAGGACGGGCGGGCAGCGAGGCGGGAACCGGAAAGGACGGGCGGGCAGCGAGGCGGGAACCGGAAAGGACGGGCGGGCAGCGAGGCGGGAACCGGAAAGGACGGGCGGGCAGCGAGGCGGGAACCGGAAAGGACGGGCGGGCAGCGAGGCGGGAACCGGAAAGGACGGGCGGGCAGCGAGGCGGGAACCGGAAAGGACGGGCGGGCAGCGAGGCGGGAACCGGAAAGGACGGGCGGGCAGCGAGGCGGGAACCGGAAAGGACGGGCGGGCAGCGAGGCGGGAACCGGAAAGGACGGGCGGGCAGCGAGGCGGGAACCGGAAAGGACGGGCGGGCAGCGAGGCGGGAACCGGAAAGGACGGGCGGGCAGCGAGGCGGGAACCGGAAAGGACGGGCGGGCAGCGAGGCGGGAACCGGAAAGGACGGGCGGGCAGCGAGGCGGGAACCGGAAAGGACGGGCGGGCAGCGAGGCGGGAACCGGAAAGGACGGGCGGGCAGCGAGGCGGGAACCGGAAAGGACGGGCGGGCAGCGAGGCGGGAACCGGAAAGGACGGGCGGGCAGCGAGGCGGGAACCGGAAAGGACGGGCGGGCAGCGAGGCGGGAACCGGAAAGGACGGGCGGGCAGCGAGGCGGGAACCGGAAAGGACGGGCGGGCAGCGAGGCGGGAACCGGAAAGGACGGGCGGGCAGCGAGGCGGGAACCGGAAAGGACGGGCGGGCAGCGAGGCGGGAACCGGAAAGGACGGGCGGGCAGCGAGGCGGGAACCGGAAAGGACGGGCGGGCAGCGAGGCGGGAACCGGAAAGGACGGGCGGGCAGCGAGGCGGGAACCGGAAAGGACGGGCGGGCAGCGAGGCGGGAACCGGAAAGGACGGGCGGGCAGCGAGGCGGGAACCGGAAAGGACGGGCGGGCAGCGAGGCGGGAACCGGAAAGGACGGGCGGGCAGCGAGGCGGGAACCGGAAAGGACGGGCGGGCAGCGAGGCGGGAACCGGAAAGGACGGGCGGGCAGCGAGGCGGGAACCGGAAAGGACGGGCGGGCAGCGAGGCGGGAACCGGAAAGGACGGGCGGGCAGCGAGGCGGGAACCGGAAAGGACGGGCGGGCAGCGAGGCGGGAACCGGAAAGGACGGGCGGGCAGCGAGGCGGGAACCGGAAAGGACGGGCGGGCAGCGAGGCGGGAACCGGAAAGGACGGGCGGGCAGCGAGGCGGGAACCGGAAAGGACGGGCGGGCAGCGAGGCGGGAACCGGAAAGGACGGGCGGGCAGCGAGGCGGGAACCGGAAAGGACGGGCGGGCAGCGAGGCGGGAACCGGAAAGGACGGGCGGGCAGCGAGGCGGGAACCGGAAAGGACGGGCGGGCAGCGAGGCGGGAACCGGAAAGGACGGGCGGGCAGCGAGGCGGGAACCGGAAAGGACGGGCGGGCAGCGAGGCGGGAACCGGAAAGGACGGGCGGGCAGCGAGGCGGGAACCGGAAAGGACGGGCGGGCAGCGAGGCGGGAACCGGAAAGGACGGGCGGGCAGCGAGGCGGGAACCGGAAAGGACGGGCGGGCAGCGAGGCGGGAACCGGAAAGGACGGGCGGGCAGCGAGGCGGGAACCGGAAAGGACGGGCGGGCAGCGAGGCGGGAACCGGAAAGGACGGGCGGGCAGCGAGGCGGGAACCGGAAAGGACGGGCGGGCAGCGAGGCGGGAACCGGAAAGGACGGGCGGGCAGCGAGGCGGGAACCGGAAAGGACGGGCGGGCAGCGAGGCGGGAACCGGAAAGGACGGGCGGGCAGCGAGGCGGGAACCGGAAAGGACGGGCGGGCAGCGAGGCGGGAACCGGAAAGGACGGGCGGGCAGCGAGGCGGGAACCGGAAAGGACGGGCGGGCAGCGAGGCGGGAACCGGAAAGGACGGGCGGGCAGCGAGGCGGGAACCGGAAAGGACGGGCGGGCAGCGAGGCGGGAACCGGAAAGUACGGGCGGGCAGCGAGGCGGGAACCGGAAAGUACGGGCGGGCAGCGAGGCGGGAACCGGAAAGGACGGGCGGGCAGCGAGGCGGGAACCGGAAAGGACGGGCGGGCAGCGAGGCGGGAACCGGAAAGGACGGGCGGGCAGCGAGGCGGGAACCGGAAAGGACGGGCGGGCAGCGAGGCGGGAACCGGAAAGGACGGGCGGGCAGCGAGGCGGGAACCGGAAAGGACGGGCGGGCAGCGAGGCGGGAACCGGAAAGGACGGGCGGGCAGCGAGGCGGGAACCGGAAAGGACGGGCGGGCAGCGAGGCGGGAACCGGAAAGGACGGGCGGGCAGCGAGGCGGGAACCGGAAAGGACGGGCGGGCAGCGAGGCGGGAACCGGAAAGGACGGGCGGGCAGCGAGGCGGGAACCGGAAAGGACGGGCGGGCAGCGAGGCGGGAACCGGAAAGGACGGGCGGGCAGCGAGGCGGGAACCGGAAAGGACGGGCGGGCAGCGAGGCGGGAACCGGAAAGGACGGGCGGGCAGCGAGGCGGGAACCGGAAAGGACGGGCGGGCAGCGAGGCGGGAACCGGAAAGGACGGGCGGGCAGCGAGGCGGGAACCGGAAAGGACGGGCGGGCAGCGAGGCGGGAACCGGAAAGGACGGGCGGGCAGCGAGGCGGGAACCGGAAAGCACGGGCGGGCAGCGAGGCGGGAACCGGAAAGCACGGGCGGGCAGCGAGGCGGGAACCGGAAAGGACGGGCGGGCAGCGAGGCGGGAACCGGAAAGGACGGGCGGGCAGCGAGGCGGGAACCGGAAAGGACGGGCGGGCAGCGAGGCGGGAACCGGAAAGGACGGGCGGGCAGCGAGGCGGGAACCGGAAAGGACGGGCGGGCAGCGAGGCGGGAACCGGAAAGGACGGGCGGGCAGCGAGGCGGGAACCGGAAAGGACGGGCGGGCAGCGAGGCGGGAACCGGAAAGGACGGGCGGGCAGCGAGGCGGGAACCGGAAAGGACGGGCGGGCAGCGAGGCGGGAACCGGAAAGGACGGGCGGGCAGCGAGGCGGGAACCGGAAAGGACGGGCGGGCAGCGAGGCGGGAACCGGAAAGGACGGGCGGGCAGCGAGGCGGGAACCGGAAAGGACGGGCGGGCAGCGAGGCGGGAACCGGAAAGGACGGGCGGGCAGCGAGGCGGGAACCGGAAAGGACGGGCGGGCAGCGAGGCGGGAACCGGAAAGGACGGGCGGGCAGCGAGGCGGGAACCGGAAAGGACGGGCGGGCAGCGAGGCGGGAACCGGAAAGGACGGGCGGGCAGCGAGGCGGGAACCGGAAAGGACGGGCGGGCAGCGAGGCGGGAACCGGAAAGGACGGGCGGGCAGCGAGCUCGAACACCAGCAGCACCACCACCACCGACAACAACGAAAACACCUCCACCGACAACAACGAAAACACCUCCACCGACAACAACGAAAACACCUCCACCGACAACAACGAAAACACCUCCACCGACAACAACGAAAACACCUCCACCGACAACAACGAAAACACCUCCACCGACAACAACGAAAACACCUCCACCGACAACAACGAAAACACCUCCACCGACAACAACGAAAACACCUCCACCGACAACAACGAAAACACCUCCACCGACAACAACGAAAACACCUCCACCGACAACAACGAAAACACCUCCACCGACAACAACGAAAACACCUCCACCGACAACAACGAAAACAACAACAAUAAAAACUGCAAUUACAACAAAAAAUGCAAUGACAACAAAAACUUCAACAACAACAAGAUCUCCAACAACAGCGAAAACUACUCAACAACACCAACUCCUCCAAACAACUCUAGAUAGCCCUUCCAAACUUCAACAACCAGCAAAGCAGGAAGAAUGA